AUGCCAUACCAAGAAGAUUUUGAAGUGGAACAAUUUAUGGAUAAAUAUGAAACCAGUGUUGAAUACAACUUAGGCGAAACAUGCUGUUAUUCUUUGUCUCUUAAUGAAAUAGCGCAAUUAGGCCAUUGCGAACCGUUUAGGCUAGACACCAAUUUAAGGCUCACUUAUGGCGCAAUCAAGGGGACUGAUAAUCUAAGAGAACAGAUUGCAUCACUCUAUGGUCCAGAUUUUUCUAAAAACAAUGUCCUCGUCACGAAUGGUGCUAUUGCUGCUAAUUUCUUGGUUUACUACUCUUUAAUUGGUCCUGAAGACCAUGUAAUCUGUGUCCACCCAACUUACAAUCAAUUACACAGUGUUCCUAAAAUGUUUAAUGCUGCGGUUGACUUUCUUAGACUUAAAGAAGAAGAUGGAUAUGCACCUAAUAUUGAUACUUUAAGAUCAAUGAUUAAAAAAAUACUAAGCUAA